UUUCUCAUCCCUCACCCGAAGCAAAAAUAUAUAGAACAGAAGAUAGAGUUAGCCUGAAAUAUGAGGAAAGCUUACGUUGUAACUGUUGCCCUCUUCGCUGUGGCAUUCUCUCUUGCCUUUGCCUCUGACCCCGAUCCCCUGCAGGACUUUUGUGUUGCACUUAAGGACUACUCGGACUCCAAAUCAGCCGUAUUCGUUAAUGGAAAGUUUUGCAAGGAUCCAAAGCUGGUCAAAGCUGAAGAUUUCUUCUUUGAGGGAUUGAACAUUGCUGGGAACACAGAUAAUAAAGUUGGGUCAAACGUCACUACUGUGAACGUAGACAUGUUAGCUGGCCUCAAUACUCUUGGCGUAUCCUUGGCUCGAAUUGACUUUGCACCAUAUGGAGAAAAUCCUCCCCAUACUCACCCUCGUGGCACUGAAAUUCUAGUAGUCGCGGAGGGUACUCUCUUUGUUGGUUUUGUAACAUCCAACACAGAGAAUCGCCUCUUCACCAAAACUCUAAAUAAGGGGGAUGUGUUUGUCUUUCCAGUUGGUCUCAUUCACUUCCAAUUAAACGUGGGAAAAACUAAAGCAAUUGCCAUUUCUGCUUUCAGCAGCCAAAAUGCAGGCGUAAUCACAAUAGCAGAUGCUGUCUUUGGAUCCAAUCCUCCCAUUAAUCCUGAUGUUCUCACCAAGGCCUUCCAACUCGACAAAAAUGUGGUUGAAGAGCUUCAGAAAAAAUUUGAAGUUGACAAUUAUUAGAAAAAAAAUGUUUGUAAGUGCCUUGAAGCACUAGUCAUUUCGCUAUGUUUAUCCCCUUGCAAUCAUAACUAGAAUAAAAUAAAACGAUUGCUUAUAUAUGUAAUUCUUUUUUAAUUUGGAGGAUUUGGGAUAUAAAAAUAAUGUUGGGUUUAGUACCCCUUAUUUGUCAA